AUGGAGCUGCUGGAACUACUGGUGCUGCUGCUCCUAUUCGGCCACUCGACUGCCGACGCGGCGAUGCUCAAAAUAACAUUUUGGAUUGAGCCGGUGCAGCGGCCGGAGUUCGAUGCAGACAUGGCAGUGGUCCUCAAGGAGCUCGGAGCCAUGCCACUCGAUUUGAAGGUGGACGAUGUGUCCAUGACUUUGACGCGGACUGAGGAUGGCCAGGACAUGCAGCGAUUCUGUGAGAUUCUGUCCACCGUCGGCACCAACGUAGUCAUCGAUCUCACCUACAAGCACUGGUCCGAAGGCUAUGGUUUGGUUCGCUCCUUGGGCAUUCCCUAUGUGCGCCUGGAACGCAUUCUGCGCCCCUUUCUCGACAUGUUUGGUGACUUCAUGCGCCAGAAGCGCGCCAACAAUGUGGCCAUGGUCUUCAUUAACGCUCGCGAUAUGAGCGAGGCUAUGCAGCAGAUGCUCAGCGGCUAUCCCUUCCGCACGAUUAUCAUGGACGCCAGUGCGUCCGAUCCCGGGCAGAAUUUCGUGGAGCGCAUUCGAGCGCUGCGUCCAUCGCCCACCUACGUAGCGUUAUUUGCCCGCGGCGCCGCCAUGAAUGGGCUCUUUGAAAAGGUGCAAAAGGCUGGACUUUUCCAGCGAUCUCUCGAAUGGCACUUUGUGUUUCUCGACACGCGGGACCGGGUGUUCAAGUACAAGCGUCAGGCGGAGCUGUGCACGCGAUUCACCCUGAGUCCGCGUGCGAUUUGCCGAUCGAUGAGCAUGCCAGAUCUGUACUGCGGCAGUGGCUUCACGAUGCAGCGCGGCAUGUUGCUGAAUGUGAUGCGCAGCCUGAUUGAAACGGCCCAGGCAAUACGCCCGGACGUCGUCUACCAAGACUGCAAUGCCACAGACUCUGACUUGUCCGCGGAGAAAGAAGAUCCUGUAUCGGAAGCCGACACAACCUGGCUGGACUAUGUGCACUGGAGCAACUUUCUGACCUACGCGUCGCCCGUUCAGCAGCUUCUAGACAAGACACAGAUCCCGGUUCCAGGUUUAAGUUACGCAGUUAAUAUCUCCGCUGGUUAUUACAGUUCCGAACACGAGGCGAAGACAGAUCUGGCCGCCUGGUCAUCGUCAGGGAGCCGGAUGCGGCUGCUCAACGAGACGAUUAGUCCGGCGCGUCGGUUCUUCAGGAUCGGGACGGCGGAGAGCGUGCCGUGGAGCUACCUGCGUCGCAACCCAAAGACGGGUGAACUGGUACGGGAUCGGAGCGGUUCGCCCAUUUGGGAAGGUUACUGCAUCGAUUUUAUCGUGCGGCUGGCGCAGAAGCUAAACUUUGAGUACGCCAUAGUGGCGCCUGAGGUGGGACACAUGGGCGAGGUGAACGAGUUCGGCGAGUGGGAUGGCGUGGUCGGGGAUCUGGUACGCGGCGAAACGGACUUUGCCAUCGCAGCCCUGAAGAUGUACUCGGAGCGGGAAGAGGUGGUGGACUUCCUGCCGCCGUAUUUCGAGCAGACGGGCAUAUCGAUAGCGAUUAGGAAGCCGGUGCGACGGACGUCGCUCUUCAAGUUCAUGACCGUGCUGCGCGUGGAGGUCUGGCUGAGCAUCGUGGCCGCCUUGGUGGGCACGGCCAUCAUGAUAUGGUUCAUGGACAAAUAUUCGCCAUACAGCUCCAAGAACAACAGGGCAGCCUAUCCUUACGCCUGUCGGGACUUUACGCUUCGCGAGAGCUUCUGGUUUGCUUUGACCUCGUUCACGCCGCAAGGUGGCGGGGAGGCUCCGAAGGCCAUCUCAGGGCGGAUGCUGGUAGCCGCCUACUGGCUAUUCGUCGUCCUCAUGCUGGCCACCUUCACCGCGAACUUGGCGGCCUUUCUUACCGUUGAGCGGAUGCAGACGCCGGUUCAGUCCCUGGAGCAGCUAGCUCGACAGUCAAGGAUCAACUACACCGUGGUGAAGGACUCCGACACGCAUCAGUAUUUCGUGAACAUGAAGUUCGCUGAGGACACGCUGUAUCGUAUGUGGAAAGAGCUGGCGCUGAACGCCUCCAAGGACUUCAAGAAGUUUCGCAUAUGGGACUACCCCAUCAAGGAGCAGUACGGCCACAUACUGCUGGCCAUCAACAGCUCGCAGCCGGUGGUCGAUGCCCGCGAGGGAUUCGCAAACGUGGACGCCCAUGAGAACGCCGACUACGCCUUCAUCCACGACUCGGCGGAGAUCAAAUACGAGAUCACACGCAACUGCAAUCUCACUGAGGUGGGCGAGGUGUUCGCGGAGCAACCUUAUGCGGUGGCCGUCCAGCAGGGCAGCCACCUGGGCGACGAGCUGAGCUACGCCAUCCUGGAACUGCAGAAGGAUCGUUUCUUCGAGGAGCUAAAGGCCAAGUACUGGAAUCAGUCGAAUCUGCGCAAUUGCCCGCUGUCCGAGGACCAAGAGGGCAUUACGUUGGAGAGUCUCGGCGGCGUAUUCAUCGCCACCCUCUUCGGCCUCAUUCUGGCCAUGAUGACCCUCGGUAUGGAGGUGCUCUACUACAAAAGGAAGACGAACAAGCUGGAGCCGCCCAUCACGCUGGUUAGGCCAGUGGACGGGAACGAUGGCAACGAGGGCGGCGGCGACACCUCCUCAACGGGUCCGCCCAGUGCGGUGGCCACCAUGAAGCAGGCUUGGCACAUUCCUCCGGCGGAGCAGAUGAAACAGGUAAAGAUAUCUCCGCCGCCAUCCUUCGAAUCUGCUACUUUUCGGGGCAAAAAGAUGCCGGACAAGGUAACGCUGGGCGAUGGUAAGUUCAAGCCGCGUCAGGGACUCUACUCGCGUCGGAACCUCGGCGGCACCACAGACUCCCAAAUGGGCUACAUGGAAUGA